CAAAAUCCAAUUAUCGAUACUCUGGGUAUACCUCAAGGCAAGGACGGCCGAUAAGCAAUCAUUUCCAGGCACAGGAUUCGUUGUACGAUGACUCUCAUGUCUCGGGCAUCCUAACUAUUUGGUUUGAUCUGAAAACCCUAGUCCAUGAUAUACAAUGUAUGAAGUCUACAUGCUCAAACACGCACCCAAAAUGUAGAGAAAUUAUGAAAAUUGAGCACUGCCCUCGUCCGAUACUGCAAGACGCCGUUCUUACGCAGCUGUAUCACGUUGUCCGGCAUCGAGGUGUUGAUUACACAGGCAGUGACAUCAACCUUGCUUUGGAGGCCUUCAAGCGGGCUCUUGCAGUCCAGCCACAGAUUCUGGCUGAACCACCCUUUCCGAGGAUAGCCCCAUAUCUCUGGUCAUUCUAUAUUGGGCUCCAGAAACUUGGAGAAGUCCAAUCGGCUCUGAUCGCCAAUUGGAACCGGAGGAAGAGCGCAGAGUACCAGAAUGCGUACAAGGACCUUCUGGACGUAAUGAUUAACCUUCAUGACAUUAUGAAACAACAUCUCACUUGCGGCAGCAUGAGGUCCGUUCCCUUGUCCCCAGUGCCCAAAACCAGUGAUUUUCAAGAUACUCAGGAUGUCAAGAGGUUAAUGAGACCUUUUUUUUCACGCUGGGGCCUUUUACACUAUCCAACCAGGAAGAACAACAUGGGAAGAUGCUCUCCUGAAUGAACUCUUUUUGACUUGGGAGAAGCUUUUGUUUUCAUCUUCCCCGAGUACCGUCAGCGCUGAGACUUUGUAGGGCACAACGAAAUUUGAGGCAUUGUCGUCAGAAUACAUACCGUUCAAGUUUAUGGAUG